AUCAAUAUGACGCUUGCAAUUGAUCAACACAUUCUUACAUUAAUGAUAUAAAUAAGGUUUUAUUUGUUUUGGAUACACAUCAACUGAGUAGAGGCAAUACAAGGAUGUCACCAAAACUGAUCCGUAUCUUCUGUGUUCUCCAUAUCUGUAAUGUGACAGCCAUUCCGAUAGAAAGGUCCAUUACCACCUCGACUCCUGACCCAAAAGCGCUGCAGCGAGAUGGAUGUGAGUACGAUGGGAAACAUUAUGAACCAGGUGUUAUAAGGAAGGAUAAACAUGGUUCAUGCGAGUCUGUUUUGAUUUGUGAAGAAGGGGGUGGAGUCGCAGUAAGCGAUUCUAGUGGUUGUAUCGAAGGCAGGUUUGAUGAAAUAACUACCAUUGAACCAGAGAUCAAGAAUCUCCCAGAAAUAACUACUGUCAGCCCAAUCCAGAUAUAAAAUGGAAUCCUUCUUUCUAGAGGAAUUAAAAUAAUCGAAAUAUUAUAUUCA